AUUUAUGAAUAUGUGCUCACUAUAGAGACAGAGCGAAAGCUGAUUUGGACAAUGCCUUGGUCUAUUGCAAAGGUCCUAUUCAUCCUUACAAGAUACCUUCCAUUUGUUGAUACACCGAUUGUGCUCUUGCACCAGCUGAAAAUGGCCAUGUCUAACAAUCAGUGUGAAUUCGCUUACAAGUUUACUGGUUGGCUAGAAACGUUUGGGAUCCUACUUGCAGAAAUUAUCCUGGUACUGCGUACAUGGGCAAUAUGGGAGAGAAAGAGACCUAUUAGAGUUGUCCUUACUAUAUGGACAUUGGCAAUAUGGAUUCCACAGAUUGUAUUUAUGGCAAAGUUCUUAGGUUCGCUAGAAUUUUCACCCUUUCCACAUGGAAUUGCUGGUUGUCUGGUUGUUGGUGGCAGUUCUAUACUAACAUUGAAUUGGAUUUUCCUUAUGAUAUUUGAGUCUGGUAAGUUUUUUUUUUAA